AUGUCAGUAGCCUUGAUCAUUGGCGCAGGCGAGGCAGUGGGCCGGGCAAGCGCCGAGAAGUUUGCUGCCGCGGGGUAUGAGGUUGCCGUCGCCUCCAGGAGUCAGAAACUCGAUCCAGCCAAGUUUCCCUUCUUCAAGUUCGACGCUACCGACCCGACGCAAAUCGUUUCUCUAUUUGAGAAAGUUCAUAAAGAGGUUGGCGUACCCAGCGUUGUUAUAUAUAAUGCAGCCGCAGUUGGAAAAGCUGGUCAAGUAACGCCGUUCGACUUCGAUACCGCCGAGGCAUUUCAAAAAGGUAUGAACGUGAAUGCCAUAAGUCCAGCGGUCGCGGCCCGUGAAGCUGUAAAGGGGUUCCUGGAGCUAGAGGCUCAAGGAAAGCUCGGUUCUGGGGGUGGAACAUACCUUUUCACGGGCAAUGCCCUCAACGACAAGCCGCUUCCCGGCCUUUUCACCCUAGGCGUCGGUAAAAACACCACGGCGGCAACGGUAGAGUAUCUCGCACGUACCGCCUACAAUGAUAAACCCUUCAGCUUUUAUUAUGUUGACGAACGAGGGUCGAAUGGUCGUCCGAUGUAUGAGGGGGUCAACGGUGAUGCUCAUGCUGACGUGUUCCUCCAACUUGCUCAAGAUCCUAAGCAGGGUCCUUGGCAGUAUACCUUUUCGCGAGACAAUGGGUAUUCUGCCUUUCCGAAGGACUUCCCUUCGAAGGACUCCCCUUGA